UCCGGCAAGGUUCCUGCGACUUCGCCGGCGCCGCCUUGUCGGGAUCAAAAUCGAAAGCGAUCUAAGAGAAGAAACGUACAAGAGUCAUGGACGAGGAUUACGGCUGUGCCUAUUGAAGACGGUUAUGCUUGGCGAAAAUAUGGACAGAAAGAGAUCCUCAAUGCCAAACAUCUAAGGUGCUACUUUAGGUGCAGCUAUAGAUUUGAUCAAGGUUGUCAAGCAACAAAACAAGUUCAAAGAACAGAAGAUGAACUACUAACAUUCUGGACCAAAUACACAGGCCACCACACUUGCCAAGAUAUCCUUAAAGCCUCAUUGGGAAUGGAUUCUACAGCUGAAGAAGGUGUUCUACUCAGUUUUAAUUCAAACACCACAAUCAAACAAGAGCCUCAUUUCUUCUCAUCUUUCCCUUCAAGCAAGGAAGAACACAAGAAACCCAUUAUUCCCUCAAUAGAACAACAAGAAUACAAACCUUCCUCCUCAUCAGAAUAUUAUCUUCCAGUACCACAUGAUCUAAUAACCAAAUUCAAAUCCUCCAUGAACCCUACAUCGGCGUUACCGUCAACUUCGAAGUCGCCGGGCCAUGGGGAUUUUGUUUCACGGGGUACUACCAGCAGUAGCUCUUCCAGCAGCUUUGACAUGGAUAUGGAAUUGAUGGAUUCUGUUUGUCUUAAUGAUGUAUUCUAUGAUGAAGAGUUGUUUUAG